AAAGUAAACAUCAGUCUUCAUUUAACAAACAUGUUGAAGUUUGUCAUUCUAUUGUCAGCUGUUGCUUGCGCUUUGGGUGCCGCCGUUCCCGAGGGUAUGCUGCCUCAAUUGGAUGGUCGCAUUGUUGGUGGUGUGGCUACCACUAUUGGUGCUUUCCCCUGGCAAAUCUCUCUCCAACGUAGUGGUUCCCAUUCUUGUGGAGGUUCCAUCUACAACUCUAACAUUAUUGUUACGGCUGCCCAUUGCUUGCAAUCCGUUUCGGCUUCUGUCCUGAAAGUGCGUGCUGGUUCCACCUACUGGAAUAGCGGCGGUGUUUUGGUUAGUGUUGCUUCAUUCAAGAAUCAUGAAGGUUACAACUCUCGCACCAUGGUCAACGACAUUGCUGUCAUUAAAUUGGCAUCAUCGCUGACUUUCAGUUCUAACAUCAAGGCCAUCAGUUUGGCUUCUUCUGCUCCUGCUAAUGGUGCUGCCGCUGUAGUUUCUGGUUGGGGUACUACUUCAUAUGGUGGAUCUUCGCUUCCUACCCAAUUAAGAUCCGUUGAUGUUACAAUUGUUAGUACCACUGCAUGCGCUUCCUCCAGCUAUGGCUAUGGCUCUGAAAUUAAAUCCAGCAUGAUCUGUGCCUACACAGUAGGCAAGGAUGCCUGCCAAGGUGAUUCUGGUGGUCCAUUGGUCUCUGGCGGUGCCAUGGUUGGUGUUGUUUCUUGGGGCUAUGGUUGUGCUUACGCCAACUACCCCGGUGUUUAUUCCGAUGUUGCUGUUCUUCGCUCCUGGGUUGUUAGUACCGCAAGCUCUAUUUAAUUAUUGUU